AUGUCAGAAAUAACAAAUAGGAAAAGAAGAAAAUUUACUGGUUAUAAUAAUAAUAAACGAAGGUCAUAUGAUCCGUAUCAAGAGAAAGUCAAAAAAAACAAAAAGAAAUUAAUUUAUAGAGCGAAAAUAAAAAAAGAUUUUUAUAAAACUUUGAAAAAAGAUGAAGAUAUUAAAAAGUUGCCUGAUUUUUAUAAAGAAGACGGCAAAGAUGAGAAAGAUGACGAUGAUGAUAUUUUGCUUCGUUCUUCUUCUUUGAACAAGAAAGUUGAAAAAAUUAUUGAUGAACAAAACCUUUCAAGACAAGAAAGAUUAAAAAUGUUAGAGGAAAGAAAAAAAGAAAAACAACUUCAAGCAGAAAAACGAAAAGUUUACAAGAAAAAAAGAAAUCAAACUAAAAAACAAUUUUUUAAACUAACUGCAAAAGGUCAACCUGUGAUGAAAACUAGAAUUGAUAAUUUAUUGGAAAAAAUAAAAAAGAUCACUUAA